AUGGAGGCACCAGACGCAAUAUGCACCUGCUCAUCACCAAGCAGCAGCUUUGAGCAUUGUCGAUGCACACCCAAGGAUAAAGAGGCUGCCCCUGCAGAGGAUACGUUAGCUCCUCAAGAUGGCGGUCUCCAGGCAUGGCUAUUCUUGGCAGCAUCUGCUAUGAUCGAGGCAUUAGUGUGGGGACUCGCGUUUUCUUUCGGCGUGUUUCAAAGCUAUUACCGAACCCAGGACGCCUUCAAAGACUCGAAAAUGGUAGCAUUGAUCGGAACGUGUGCCACAGGGGUUGCUUACCUGAGCUGUCCCUUGACAAUAGUCGCGAUGAUUUUGCUUCCGGGUAUGACUCGCUGGUUCUCAACGAUCGGACUAGUCAUAAUGAGCCUAUCACUUGCCAUGGGCUCUUUUGCAACAAAUGUGACCCAUCUUGUUCUAUCGCAAGGUAUUGCUUUCGGCUUCGGUGGUUGCAUAGCAUACAGCCCGUCCAUCUUAUUCAUGCCGGAAUGGUUCGUGAAACGAAGGGGCCUCGCUUUUGGUAUGGUCUGGGCUGGCUCCGGACUCUCUGGGGUCAUCUUCCCUCUACUCCUAGAGAAACUUCUGAGCCGAUUCGGGUUCCAAACUACCCUGAGAAUAUUGUCUGUGCUGGUAUUUGUGCUGGCCGGUCCUUUCUUGUACUUCCACAAGCCUCGAAUCCCCAUUAGCGUCUCUCGCCGACUGACCUUCCGGUUUCUGUUCAAAAGAGUAUUCAUUUUCUACCAGAUAGGAAACAUUUUCGAAGCACUCGGCUUUUUCUUGCCUGCGCUUUAUCUUCCAACUUACGCCCGAGCCAUCGGAACCUCUGGAUUCCUUUCUUCCUUCACAGUCACAGCCUUCAACUUGGCAUCUAUCUUCGGCAGCAUUUCUAUGGGAUUCUUGUCAGACCGAUAUCAUGUACAAAACUGCAUCGCGAUCGCUACUGCCGGAGCGGCGGUAUCGAUUUUCCUUCUCUGGGGAUUUUCAAUAAACAUCCCCAUCUUGUUGGUGUUCUCUAUUGCAUAUGGGUUAUUUGCAGGCAGCUACUCGUCGACCUGGUCGGGAAUCAUUAACGAAGUCCAACGAGCUGAUCCGACUUCCGACCCGACGAUUAUUUUCUCAUUCAUUGCAUUUGGCCGUGGGAUUGGCAAUGUCGUUAGCGGUCCUCUUAGCGAGGCAUUGCUAGAGGCAGAUUGCUGGAAGGGACAGGCGUGGGGCGCAUACGGUAGCGGAUUUGGCCUUCUCAUUGUGUGUACAGGCGUGACGGCAAUCCUGGGCGGGUUAUGUUUGGUCAUGCGUCUUUUUAGGUGCAAUAAACAUGAAGAUAGCAUUCAAUGUGUCCCAUAG